UCCCGCGUGGUGUUCAGAGUCCUAGAAAGGAUUCGUUAUGUCAGCUAUGGCACGCGCGAGCGACGCGGUACCGGAUCCGCGUGCUAUUUUCACCGCGCAUUAAAGCGCCGCGCCGGCAGCAGCAGUGUUUAUUAUUAUUAUUAUUAUGGGGAGCCACGAGCUCCGGUCGUGCACAGCGGAUCCGAACCGAUCCCCUUCUCUCUCCGCCAUGAAAUCUACCGAGAGCGAGCGCACGGUCCUUCGCGCGCACGAGCCCCCCUCGGACCCCUCGGACCCGGACAGCGGCAGUGAGAGCUCCUCGGAGAAGUGGACGGAGGCGGAGAGCGGGCGCGCGCGUGCUCUCUCGGUCCCCGGGCGCGGCGGCGGGAGGCUCCGGCUGGUCGGUGUGAGCAAACAGCGGCAGGCAGCGAACGCGCGCGAGCGGGACCGCACUCACAGCGUCAACACGGCGUUCAGCGCGCUGCGCAUGCUCAUCCCGACCGAGCCCGCCGACCGGAAACUGUCCAAGAUCGAGACCCUGCGUCUGGCCUCCAGCUACAUCGCGCACCUCGCCAACGUGCUGCUGCUCGCCGACAGCGGAGGAGACGGACCGCCGUGCGCGCGACACCCAGACGCCCUCGUGCGCGGCGGCGCGAACGCGCUCAGACCCAUCUGCACCUUUUGCCUCGGAAACCAGAGGAGAAUGAUGCGAGCCGGCGAGAAUCCAGGUGUGUGAGAAUCCUCGUCCUGCUCGAGCAGCUCCAUGUUUACAUGUGAAGACUUUCUCUUGACCUCAUGAGGACAGAACUAAAAACCUUGUUGUACAGUUUCGUUCUAAAACUCUAAAAAUGAGGACAGAAGGAGGAAGAAAAAUCACAUCAUGAGAUGCACUUUCCCCCCCUGCGUUUACAAAUGUGUGCGUGCGCGCCCUUGUGUUUCUUGGUGAAUGUAACUGGAGCUGUGUGUGUAAAAGCAGCACCUGGCAGGAGGUUAUUUCAGAAGCCUGGAAGAGCCUCUCCUUAAAAAACACCACCGUGUGUGUCACUCCUGUCACAUGGUGGUAACCCAAGCCCUUGUGUGCUGCAGUGGUUGCUGUCAGUAGGCGAUGAUUUGGGUUGCCAUAUUGGAUAGUUUUACCCCAACUGUGAAAAAUGGGAAACAUUAUACUGAAUGCAGUAGACAGGUAACAGGUCAAAGGUUAAUUGCAAUGUACUGUGCCAUUUUUACAUGCUUAAACUACUAGUGAACUCAAAAAGGGAGAGUUGAACAUGACACAACCUGGAACUGAAACAAAUCAAGCGAAGUCCUGAACUUUCCUCAGUAUUUCACCUUGAUCUUUCUUUGCCUGAAAGCACGAGUUUCCAAGCUUUUUAACUAGAAACCCAAAAGUGUCUCUCCCUGGGACCCAAACUUACAAAAACUGCUGCCUAAUCCACAUUUGGGACAAGCCCACCCGUCCAGGAAGGAAUACUGUCUAGACAGUAAUGUCUGCAAUCGUGACUAACACUGAAAAGUAACUUUGGCCAAGUUUACAUUAGACCAUAUCUGUCUCGUUUUCUUCGCGGAUGCACCGUCCGUUUACAUUAAAACGCCUGGAAACGCCGGGAAACGGGAAUCCGCCAGGGUCCACGUAUUCAAUCCAGAUCGUGUCUGGUCCGGUGCUGUGUAAACAUUGAGAAUACGCGGAUACGCUGUGCUGAGCUCUAGCUGGCGUCGUCAUUGGACAACGUCACUGUGACAUCCACCUUCCUGAUUCGCUGGCGUUGGUCAUGUGACGCGACUGCUGAAAAACGGCGCGGACUUCCGCCUUGUAUCACCUUUCAUUAAAGAGUAUAAAAGUAUGAAAAUACUGCAAAUACUGCCCAUUGUGUAGUUACGAUUGUCUUUAGGCUUGCCAUCCUUCCACUUGCAAGUGGUAAGUGAUAUGCGCUGGGAUCUCACACACAGCGGCUCAGUCCCGAAUCGUGGCUUGUGCACUUCACUCGCGCGCUCUGUGAGCUGCGCAGGGCC